GCCGGGAGCAGAUCCGCCGGCCACGGGGAGGGACAAUUGUAAUCCUGGGAAUCUGAAGGGCUUUGGAGAUGGCCCCGCUGUCACGAGCUUAUCGAAGCGGGCGGCGCCGUGACAGGUUGAUUGCCGCGAGGUGUGCGGCGUCGCUGAUCAUGUGUGUGACGAUCUUCGGAUCGCGCUUCUUGCUCCCUGCUGCAUCUUUCGUGACGGCCGCUUCUCUCGUGCAACAUGGAGGGAGCGUCUCAUCGUCGCUUGAUGAGACGAAGCGGCGGGAAAAGCCUGUCCAAUCCGUGGACGCUGAUGCGUGGGUCCCACCUCGCGAGGGGAGAUUUAGCGGAGGUGGGAAUGUGGACUCCUAUGAGGAGGAGGGGCAGACUGCGAUGUUUGACGUCAUGUUACUACCGGGCGUGGGAGGAGAUGUGGGUGAUGUAAGCGGGGGUAUGCGCGACAGGGAGGAGGGAGGAGUGCGCGACAGCAGGGAGGAGGGAGGAGUGCGCGACAGGAGGGAGGAGGGAGGAGUGCGCGACAGCAGGGAGGAGGGAGGAGUGAGCGACAGCAGGGAGGAGGGAGGAGUGCGCGACAUGGAGGAGGGAGGAGUGCGCGACAGGGAGGAGGAAGGAGUGCGCGACAGGGAGGAGGAAGGAGUGGCUGACGUGGUGAGGGAUAGGGUGCCGCAAUAUGGAUGGCGGAGACGGUUGCAUGGUGAAGGAGGAGGUGGAGGAGGACGGGGAAGAGGGGGGCUGCUUAUGGGAAAUGAAGUAGUAGAUGUGGGCGAGCUGGGGAGGGAGGCAGCCGAUGGUGUAGGGUUGUCAUCGACUGGCGUUUCAGUCAUGGCGGGAGAUGAUGGUGUGGAUAAUGUCGAGAAUGAGGGUGAUGAUGACGAUGUGGUGAUAACUUCCGUCAUGAGCUGGCCGCUCCGUGAUGUGGGGCCGUCUGACUGGGAGUACUACCCAGUGGAAAUUCCACAUGGUACUGCACGUGUUCGACUGAUGUUGAAGCCGCAUUGGACCUAUAAAUCUAAGGCUCCGAUGCUGUGUCUCAGGAAAGGCUCACUUCCACUGCCAUCCACAGCAUUUAAUAACAUUUCGGCGGCGGUUACUGCAGCUGCGAGCGCAACUCCUGUGCAUAGUGGAGCUUGCACAUGGUUCAAUGGGCCAAUGGAUUGGAACAUGACUGGGAAGGAGGUGGCACCGGCAGUAUGGUGGCUUGGGGUGUUCAGUGAUGCAGCUGAUACACGAACACAAUCAAAAAUGAUCGAACGGGGGGUGAUCUUUUCAUUUUCUAUACACGUUGCGGUCUACUCAUGCCGAGAUACUCUUGUUCAAGGAGGGCCUGAUUGUACCUUUAAGAUCACACCUAUUCAUUUGCCUGCAAGUGAAGGCAAAUUACAUCGUGCUCCUCCACCGGAAAGGUGUCAUCGGGAUGAAGUGCCAGGUAAUGAAAGCGUUGUACAUAACAAUAAUAAUGGCAGUGCAAGGGCUGAUGAUAUAGAGGAUGGGAGCGAGGGAAGCAUAAGCAAUCCGGAAAGUUGGGUGGAGCGGGAGACAGAAUGUGUGGACAUUGUCAAUGGAAAGUCUGCAUGGCGGUUCUACGGGCUAAGGAUCGAGAGAGAGGUCGCGGAACUGGCUGUGAUGAUUACGACUGUGCCAAUGGCGACCACCUCUGAUGAUCCUCUGACUAAAGUUAAGGAACCUUCUCAUCCACUUGACAAAAACCCUUUCUUCCUAGCGCUGUUUGUGUGGGCAGGUGGCAUCCCAGUCAUUAGGCUGAAUGCCAGUGACACAACGCCAUCUCCAGCAGGGCCGAGCGGGAGUUUCGUGAAUGGUACACGAAUGUUGGCAGAGCAGGGGGAAUACAGCACACCGGUCAGCAGUCGGAUGAGACUGAAGUGGAAGUUAGAGCGAUGGUUCGGGAAGUUGGAGAGUAAGACACGAUCAGGGAACAAGUCGGAGCGUUUAGUGUUGGGUAACGACAAGUUCUCAAUGGCGGUAAAUGGGACCGCUCGAGUGGUAGUGCCCACUCCUAAAUUGGGAUGGUGGUAUAUUGGCGUAAAGAUUGGGAAGAGAAGGAGCCAGCGGAGGACAAAUGAUACCAGUGAAGCACAAGGGGGUUUGCCUGAAAUCUCUCAGCUAUGCUUCAAUGCAAGAUGGAAAUUGUGGAGGUGUAUUUCUGGGUAUGCAGGCGUAGACUGCAAUUCAGAUCUCACUCUUUUACAGAGAGUUCUUGCAAGAAAACUGGAAGAAUCAUAUAUGGACUCUCACUAUGUGCCGAAGUCUCUGAAAUCAUCACAGUGGUCGCCACCGGAGGGGUGGUUUGACAUCCGUCCGUAUCAUUUGCCAUCAAAUCGGAGGAGACUGCUGGGUGCAAAUAUGGAGGGAAAUGCAAAUGGCACUGCAACCUCUUUCCCUGGGACAGCAGGGCAGGGCAAUCCAGGCAGUAGAGGGGCAAACAUUGGAGCUGCUGACAUUUGGAGGUAUUUCUCUUUUCAUGUGGCUAGCGGAACAUCAGGCACAGUGCUUACUGCAGAGCUAAGAGUGAAUUGCAGCGGUAUGAGAAUGCCACUCUGUGAGCAUGAGAAAAUGGGUGCUGCUCGAUCAGAACAAACGAAUUGGAUUUUUCAGCCAGAGCUUUAUGCUCGUCAUGGUGCAGUUCCAACGGCACAGAGUUUUGAUGUAGGAGUCGUUCCGCCUUGGGAAGUAAAUUUGAAUGGACGCGGUAGUCAUGGAGCUGAGAUUGAUUGCAGCAAGCACAACCUUGGAAAUGGAAGUGCAGUUUCUUGUGGGAUAGCGAAACGGAAUGGAUGGAUUAUCUACCGAAUUCAUCUGCAGUAUCCACUGCAAGGUAUGUGGUACUUGGGGGUGUUUUGGCCCCAGCAAAGGCGUUCAGCAUCGCCCGAAGGAGAGCCAUGGACCCCCUCUCUGUCACCAGCUGGGCUCACAAAGGGAUUCCCAGAGGCACGACAUGUCGAUACAAAGGAGGAGAACGUAAAACAAGAUAGAGAUGUGGGAAGAGUGCCAGGAGACUCAGCACACAUAUCUGGGAGUGUCCUUGAAUGGGAACCAGAAGCCCAGUUGCGAGUGCGAAUGCAUGGUUGCCCAAGGAGAUGCUCCAAUCAUGGAACUUGUCACAAUUCACUGGAUGGAUCUGGCCUCCAUCUCUACAGCUUUUGUUACUGUGGGCGCAUGCGUGGAGGCGUCGACUGUUCGGUGGAGGUUGUGCGAGGUGUUGGACAAUUGUUGUCAUACUGGACGUUGGUUCUCUCUAAUGGAGCAGCGCUGGCACCUGCUUUCUGGUCAAUAUCACAUAAGGCAUAUCUGGAGUGGUUCGUUUAUACAACAAGCGGCAUGCUUAGUGCUGUUUACCAUUCUUGUGAUGCUGGUGGUUGGUGUGCUGCGAAAUAUGACACACUUCUGGUCACGGGUUCAACUCCAGGGAACUGUGCAGAUACUGUACACAGGUAAGCUGAGGUCAAGGGAUCGACCCCUGGGAUCUGCAUCGGCUACUGCCAAAGGUGAAAACUGUUUCAGCGCAGAUGGGAAUGGUUUAAUGAAAGCUACCUAACAUU